CAGAGCGGCGCAGAGGCACUGUUGUCAGAGCCGGAGCCUCCUGAGGAGCAGCGGCAGCUCCGCGCAGACCGGCCUCCGAUACUCUCCUCCCGCAGCCUCCCUGCACCGCACAGCGCAGCCCCGAACCGUGGAAUACCGGCCCACAUCUACAGCGCCAGAACCGCGCGUCCCGCCGGCUCUGCGGAGUAACCGGAGACCGAGCGGCGGAUCCGGCCUUCAGCAGCGGAUCAUCCAGCGGAGCCCCCGGCGCUGUUCCAAUGUGCGCCGUCUGAUUGGCCUACAGCAGGAAGGCUAAGCGUAUGCGGAAACCUCCCAGGGCAUCGGCUGAACCCUCGUCCUGACCUCGGGCAGCUCCUGCCAGACGCCGAGGUUUUUACUCAGGCAGCCCAGCGGCCCACUGACAUGCUGUAACCACCGGCCCACCGCGAGCGCCCCACCUCCUCCACAUGCGGCCGUGGACAGGCUCGUGGCGCUGGAUCACACUGGUGCUGCUGGCAUGGGGCACCCUCCUCUUCUACAUCGGCGGGCACCUGGUGCGCGACAGCGAGCAUCCGGAGCGCUCCAGCCGCGAGCUCUCCAAGAUCCUGGCCAAACUGGAGCGGCUGAAGCAGCAGAACGAGGACCUGCGGCGCAUGGCCGAGACCCUCAGGUUGCCGGAUGGUCAGGUAGAAGGUGUUGGAGCUGUAGGGAAGCUGCGUAGUCUGGAGGAGCAGCUGAUCCGAGCCAAGGAGCAGAUCAACUCCUACCGCAGCCUGCCUGCUGACGGGCCAGGGAAGAAUCAGGAGGAGCUGAGGAGGAAGACGGAGAACGGUGUUCGGGAGCUGUGGUAUUUUGUGAGGAAUGAGGUGAAGAAGCUGGCGCAUGUGGAGAGCGGAGAUCUGCAGAAACACAUCGACGUCCUCCUGCAUAACCUGGGGCACCAGCAGAGGUCCAUCAUGACAGACCUGUAUCAUCUGAGCCAGGCAGACGGAGCUGGAGACUGGAGAGAGAAGGAGGCGAAGGAGCUCUCGGAGCUGGUGCAGAACCGGAUCACAUACCUACAGAACCCGGCGGACUGCAGUAAGGCGCGGAAGCUGGUCUGCAACAUCAAUAAGGGCUGUGGGUACGGCUGCCAGCUGCACCAUGUGGUCUACUGCUUCAUGAUCGCCUACGGCACACAGCGCACGCUCAUACUGGAGUCUCAGAACUGGCGCUACGCCACCGGCGGCUGGGAGACCGUCUUCAAGCCCGUCAGCGAAACCUGCACCGACCGCACCGGAGCCUCCACCGGACACUGGUCCGGUGAAGCCAAUGAUCGGGAUGUUCAGGUGGUUGAGUUGCCUAUUGUGGACAGCCUUCACCCCCGCCCCCCCUACCUACCGCUGGCCGUCCCGGAGGACCUGGCCGAGCGUCUGCAGCGUCUGCACGGAGACCCCUCAGUCUGGUGGGUCUCCCAGUUCGUCAAAUACCUGAAUCGCCCGCAGGCAUGGCUGGAGAAAGAGAUGCAGGAGGCCACCGCCAAGCUAGGCUUCAAACAUCCUAUAAUAGGGGUGCACGUCAGGAGGACUGAUAAGGUGGGCACAGAGGCGGCUUUUCACCCCAUAGAGGAGUACAUGUUGCACGUGGAGGACGAGUUCCAGAGCCUGGCGCGCCGCAUGCACAUCGACAAGAAGCGAGUGUACCUGGCCACAGACGACCCCUCGCUACUGCACGAGGCUAAGUCCAAGUACCCAGAUUAUGAAUUCAUCAGUGAUAACUCCAUCUCGUGGUCGGCCGGUCUACACAACCGCUACACUGAGAACUCACUGCGAGGCGUCAUCUUAGACAUCCACUUCCUGUCUCAGACCAACUUCCUGGUCUGCACCUUUUCCUCCCAGGUCUGUCGCGUGGCCUACGAGAUUAUGCAGACGCUGCACCCGGACGCUUCCUCUUACUUCCACUCGCUGGACGACAUCUACUACUUUGGGGGUCAAAACGCCCACAACCAGAUUGCAAUCUACCCUCACCAGCCACGCACCAACGAAGAGAUCCCGCUGGAGCCGGGAGACGUGAUCGGCGUGGCCGGGAACCACUGGGACGGAUACUCCAAGGGCAUCAACCGCAAGAGCGGCCGCACCGGCCUGUACCCCUCGUACAAGGUCAAGGAGAAGAUCGAGAUGGUGAAGUACCCCACGUACCCGGAGGCCGACAAACUGCUUAAUAAACAGUAGAACGAGUGGACGAGCAAGAGAGAGAGAGAGAGAGAGACUGUGGGGAAUAUGUUCUACUAAACUGGAUACAGUAGUGAAGCCUGGACCUCCUGGAUAGAAAUGCACUGUGUGUGAGAGUGUGUGAGAGUGUGUGAGAGUGUGUGAGAGUGUGUGAGAGUGUGUAAGGAGAGGGGGGGAGUUGUGGGACUUACUUGACAGGGUUUUGGACCCGUUUCUAACCCUGGUUUCUGGACCUGAUGUCCCUAUACUGUCCCACUUGUCGUUAAGUGGCAAUCAGGGUUGUAUAAAGGAAACUCCUUAAGAACGAAAGAAGAACAUGAACAACAAACGCGCCACUGCAGGUACAGCCCCGCCCCCCUUCCCCCCGAACGUCCGGCGACAUGAAGGGAACUGCAUUUCUUUAUUUAAUUAAAUUUCAAAGAUAAAAAAAAGAGAUGAAAAAUCAGGAGAAGCGCUCCAGACUGCUUUAAACCGAGGAAUUCCAACUCUUCAGACUUUGUUUCCUCUUCCUGUGUGAAGACUGACCAUUCCACCCCUUCUUCUCACUCCUUUUCCUGUUCUCUGUUCAUACACUCCAGUCGGCCAAGCCAUCAUCUCACUCUCCUCCGCCACCCAGUGCUUUUAUUUUCCUCUGCCAUCCAGUGCUUUUAAAAAUUUUAAGAUGUUUUUAGUUGUUACAUUUAAUUUCAUAGUGUGUUUAUAUGUAUGUGUAUGUAUGUGUAUGUAUGUGUAUGUAUGUGUGUAUGUAUGUGUGUUUGUAUGUGUAUGUGUAUGUGUGGAGCCGGACCGUCUUAUACACUGAUGCCACAUGCUGCGUAGGGCCUUGCCUGUUAAUACAGCCCCUCACUAGUUGCCUACUGUCAGCAACUAGAGAGGAGCCCCCUUGAGGCGGAUUCUGAUAACAGUGUCAUUGUAAUAUCCUGCAUUGACCAUCACAGAAUUUAAAGGGUCGCUCACACAGUUUGUUCAAUUCAUAAUUCAUAACCAGUUGUUGUCUUAGGGGCCCCAGGCCAGAUCGGGCCCUUAGGCAGUUGAUUGGUUUACUUGCCUUGUUGUGACGGGCCUAGACACACUGAUAUUUUUAUACUGUGUACUAUAAGUCCUGAUCCGAUUAUUGUGAUACACAACUGCUGUCUAAUUUCUCCAGACUUUGUAGUCUGGUCUAAUUUUUCCAGACCUCGUAGUCUGGUCUAAUUCUUCCAGACCUUGCAUUCUGGACCAAUUCCUCGAUACCUCAUUCUCUGGUCCAAUUCCUUCAGACCUCGUAGUCUGGUCCAAUUCCUCCAGACCUUGUAGUCUGGUCUAAUUCCUCUAGACCAAGGGCCCGCAAGUGUGAAACAUCUGGCCCAUGAGGUUGUUUGAACUAUAAAGAGCGAUAAUGAACAUUUUUUAAAUAUUUCUCUGGCGAACUUUAGUUUACACACCUCCCCUGUCUCUCUGUCGCGUGCCGUGUGACUUUAGUUUCCGCCUGUUCUCAGGCUCCCUAUCUCCUCAUAAUGCCUUUUUCCCCGGCUGUGUCCCAAUUCACUCGUCGGGGCAUCGGUAGUGUGUUGGACCGCAAUCUUGACAACACCGGUUCGCGGCCAAACUAAUUGUCAACCCCUGCUCUAGACCCUGUGUUCUGGUCUAAUUCCUCCAAACCUCAAAUCUGGUCCAAUUCCUCCAGAUCUUGUAGUCUGGUCCAUUUCCUUCAGACCUCAUAAUCUGGUCCAAUUCCUUCAGACAUCGUAGUCUGGUCCAAUUCCUCCAGACCUCGUAGUCUGGUCCAAUUCCUCCAGACCUCGUAGUCUGGUCCAAUUCCUCCAGACCUCGUAGUCUGGUCCAAUUCCUCCAGACCUCGUAGUCUGGUCCAAUUCCUCCAGACCACUUAGUCUGGUCCAAUUCCUCCAAACCUGAUUAUAUUAUUGUGCUGACAGUACCCUGGGAAGAUGCCAUUGAGGAAGCUUAUAAGUGGAAGAAGCUUCAGUACUCCAACCUAGCAGUGGAGGCAGAAGACAGAGAAUGGAAAGUAAAAAGGUGUUUCAGUGGAGCUGGAAUGCAGGUUUUUUUUAGCCAGAACAACAGCAGAGAUCUCAUAGAGAUGGGAGUCAGGGGACAGUUUCACAGAUGGGUAGCAAAGAGCUUAUGGAUACAGCGGAGAAGAUCAGCCAAUGUCUGUGGAUGAAGAGGAAUAGUGCAAACACCAGGGACUGUAGCAUCUUUAUGCUUCAACAGAAGUUGCUGAGAAAUCCAGCAAUUUACGCUAAAGACAGUAAUCAGUCAGGGAGUGUCAUGACAGUGAGCUACUUCUCUGUAACCCCUUUUUUUGGAUUUUUAGUUGAAAUCUGUGCACCUGGCUGGUUACCUGCUUUAAUAUUGGUGUGAAGCUCUGGUUGGUUAGAGUGCUAAGGAGUUCAGCUUAUCGCAACUUUUUCUUUUAGGACCCAGAAAAGUCCGGACUCAGUGUGCGUGAGUGUGUAGCAUGGUUGUGAAUCAGGUGCCUCAGAAGAACGUCUGAUGUCUGAUGGAACAGUGUUCCGAGUUGUGACUGCAGAGCCUUACGGAGAGAUACGCUCCCGUCCCCUCGGCUCCUCACUGUCCCAUUCACCUCAUCUCUCCAUCCUGUUUAUUUUUUUCUUUCAAAAUGUUGCUUUAAUGAUAUUAAGUUCUAAAAGAAAAAAACUAAAAAAAGAAAAUGAUCCAUGAAAUGAUGUUUUAAACUUAUAAAAUACUAAUAUUAAUAAUAAUGAUUAUGAUAAUAGUAAUGAUGAUGAUGAUUAUGAUGGUAAAAGGAAGGAAAACGGUCAUGGUGAUAAAAGAUGGAAUAUUGUUGUAACAGGUUUUAGUCUUUCAUGAGAAAAUAUUUCACAUUUUAUGUUUGCCAGGGCAUUGUCUUUGAUAAGCAGAUCAAAUAAAAUUGAUCAGCCAAACUUGA